AUCGCUACACAAGCACCUCAAGUCCUCAAAACAAACAAAAUGUUCAAGCUGCUGGUUGUUGUUUUCGCUGCCCUCUUUGCUGCUGCUCUGGCUGUCCCCGCACCAAUUCCACGGGCCAAUCCCGCCCCAGUUCCAAUUGCUAGUCCCGAGCCCGCCCCGCAGUACUACUAUGGAGCCAGCCCGUACGCCUAUUCCGGAGGAUACUACGCUUCCCCCUACUCCUACUACGGCUAAUUGACCAGGACAAUGCAAACCAACCAACGACUCGUGAUAACGCAUCAGAAUACGGAUUACGGAAUAUGCGCGUGCUGACAAAUCAAAUUAGUCAUAAGUGCUUUAAAAAAUGCAAAAAAAAAGUAUUGAGCAAAUAAAAUGUUGAAGUGCAAAA